UGUGUCCGUGUGCGUAUGCGUAUGCUUGUAAUAAUAAUAAUCAUCAUCGGUUUAUUGAUUUUUAUGCAGCCAGAUGCUGAUAAUAUACAUAGAAAUACAGAUAAAGAGACAAACUAUAAACACAUAUAAACAACAAAGUAUACUAACAAUCUAUAACCUCAAACUAACCAAAAAACAAACCAACAAAAGACAAGUGCAAAUACAGAUGUGCUAGGAGCUGGACUAGUAAUUGUAGACUAGUGCUCGUUGAUGAGUCGGACUAGAGUGGGUAUUGUGCUCCGGUGCUAGCGGUCCGUGCGGGCCCUGAUGGGCACCAGUUUGUUGGCGGCGCGUCGGGGGGCAGCAGGUCGCGGUGGCGUGGAUGGCGCAGCAGCUUCAGGCCAAACUGCUGCAGUGUGGUGGCGUAGUGAGUGGCGAGGGAGAUGCCCAGUCUGAGCACCAGCAAGGAGACCUGCGAUCCAGUAAUAUGCUUCAUGGCCAAUAGCUUGAGCGGCCUGCACUGGCAGUUUGAGCCGGAGUUCAAGGUCCUGUACUUCAGCGUGCGGCCGCGGGGCGGGGCCCGCGAGCACGUCUAUCGGUCUGUCAACUUGUGCAAGCGUUCUUCGCCGCACAGGUUCUGGCAUUCCAUGGAAAUCCUCCGCCAAAGGCACCCUGACGCAAAAAUAAUUCUGUCAGUGCAUCAGGGGAAGGAGUAUUUCUCGUACUACACCGUGUACCCCUGGCGGAAGGACCUGUAUGGGCACAUGGCCGACCUCCCUGUCAGCGAGACGCUGGAUGUGCCUCAGCUGCUGAACCGCUACAGCGCUCUCUUCAAUAAUACCACACAAAGAAAAACUCGGAAGAAAAAGAGAGAAUGAUA